AUGUCGUCGAUGGACUCGAUGCGCCUGCAGGCGGCGAUUCGCCUCAUUCGGCAGUGCAAAACCACCGAGGAGGAGCGGUCGAGCGUAAAGAUCAUCAGUGCGCAGCUGCGGAAGGGCUUUGCGGAUGCAAAACCAUAUAUUCGAGUGCGGUACAUGCUAAUACUUCUCUAUAUUCGAAUGCUUGGCUACCCCACGGAGUUCGCGCACAUGGAAGUGCUGAAGCUGCUGUCGCAGAGCGAUUUCUCCGGCAUCCGCAUUGGCUACCUUUCGCUGCAGCUCUUGUUCAAUGAGGAUCACGAGUUGUUAACGCUUGUGGAGAACCGCAUGCUUGCCCACCUCAGCAUCAAUGGAUCUUGCCAGAGCAACUCCUACGAGCAGCUCUGCCUCAUCGGUAUCUCACUGAACGCGUCAGCCAACAUUGCCAGUGAGGACAUGUGCCGUGACCUUCUCGACUCCAUCCUGCGCCUCUUCCAGAACAGCCCGCAGCAGCUGCGCAGCAAGGCUGCCCUGGCAGCGCUGCGAGUGGUGCGCAAAGUCCCGGAUCAGGCGGGUUACAUUCUGGAGCACUGCACGGAUCUCUUUGAUGGUAAUAACGAGUCGCUCAUGUGCGUACUGACACUCGUCAUCGAGUGUUUGCAAAGUGAUGCUGGAGCGAACAUGAUCGGCACGUUUCGGAAACACGCCAUGGGCGCCGUGAGGGUGCUGAAGGGGCUCGUGCUCUCCUCUCGCAUUACGGAGGAGGACGUCAGCGGCAUCACGGACCCAUUUUUGCAGGCGAAGCUGCUCCACUUCAUGCGCAUCAUUGGGGCUGGCAGCGAAGUCACGUCGGAAGCCCUCAACGACGUUCUCGCGCAGGUGAUCACUAACACGGACGCGACGCAUAACGUGGGGAGUGCCGUGCUGUACGAAUGCGUGCGCACGAUCAACGCCAUCGAGAGCGAUGGAGGCCUUCGCACCCUCGCUGUGAACACGAUCAGUCGCUUCCUCUCCUCUGUCAAGGAUAACAACCUGCGCUUUGUGGGGCUCCAGACGCUGCUCACCUACUCAAGCAAAGACUUCGAUGCUGUGGUGCAGCAUCAGGCUAUCAUUCUCGAAUGCCUGCGCGAUACUGACCUGUCGAUCCGCCGCCGUGCGCUGGAUCUGACAGUGACGCUCAUCACCGCGAAUAACGUGCGGCUUCUUGUGCCAGACCUUAUUGCGUACAUGUCUCUGUGCUCAGAAGAGAUGAAGAGCGACGUGGCGCGGCACAUUUGUGACGUGAUUGAUACGCACUACCCCAGUGAGAUGUGGCGUGUUGACUACUCUAUCCGCUUCCUCAAGGUGGCGAAGCAGUUUGCCCCACUGGACUUUGCCCGCCGUCUGCUUGUCGUUCUCUUGAGUCAAACAAAGGAUGUGCAGACGCGUGCGGUGGAGGCACUGUGGGAGGAGGCCUCCUGCCCGUUUGACGGGCGGCACCAUGCUCGCAAGGCAUUUCUCAUGGUUGCGCUGUGGUGCAUUGGGGAGUAUGUGGAGUUGCUGCUCGACGCCGUGAAGGGGCUAACGGGUGCCGACGUGGCGACGUGCCUUAGCAGUCUUACCACAAAUACAACGUUCACUCUGAUCAAGCAGUAUGGUCUGACAGCGCUCAUGAAAGUAGCGACCAAGUGCCCCGACGCCAAGCCACAGGCCAUGGCCACGUUCGCAAGCAACAUGACUAGCAUGGACUGCGAGCUGCAGCAGCGCGCAUGCGAGUAUACAUCACUUCUUGUAGAUUUCCCGCAGGAAGCAGUGUUUAGCUUUAGUCAAAUGCCAGCCAUUGCCCCCAAGACGGAGGCGGUGAAACCCGUCGAGGUUGUGACACUGACAGAGAUGCAGCUCCUCCAGGAGACGACCAACAUACUCGACGACCUCUUCAACUUCGACGGGGCCAGCAAGCCCGCCCUACCCCCACCCACCAGAGACUCUUCAAGCACGAUGGUCGCCUUGUCCUCACAGGCUGGCUCACUCUUUUCUGCUUGUUGUGACGCCCCGCCAGUGUCACAGCGCGCACCGAGCAAUGCCAACACAUUUGACGAUCUUUUCGGCAACAGCAACGCGGUGUCUGUACCAGCGGCCUGUGAGUCGCCACCGGUAGCUGACACAAGCAUUAAGUCUGAGGUAGCGUCUCCCAAGGGCUCAAGGGGCGUCACAGGGGUGUGCGCCUUCAACUGCUCUGACUUCAAGGUCCUUCUCUCAGGGCGGAUGGAGGGUAGCAUCAUUUUUGCCGAUCUCGUCGUUCAGUCGAACCUCAAUGAGGCGGUGGAGCAACUGAGCUUUAGUGUGGCCACACUUCGGAUGUGCACAGUAGAGGUUGCGCCGCUGCCCAGCACUAUGAUGCCGUACGGAGUAGCCACGCAACAGCUGAAAGUGGAUAACACGCAGAACACGGCCAACCCACGCACGCUGACGCUGCGCGUAAGGAUCUCGUAUGCUGUGCACGGCGCCCCGCGAGAGCAGAUGUUCGAGGUUUCCCAGACACUGUAG